UGUCCUGGAUAUUUCUGGCAGAGAUCGCAACCACACACUGGUUCGCGUGGCUCAUGAUAUCGACCCUUCGGUGGGCAAGGCGGAGGCAGAGGUUUUCCACAGCAACACGGCCUACAUGGAUCCUAAAAAGUUAUUCUACUCAAUCAUAUUGUACUCAAUUUGAUUUAUAUCUCUUGUGUGUGUCACGUAAGCUUUAUCUUUACACGAUGCUUAAAGAAGAAAUCUAAAAAAUCGGUGUAAGCGGUCUCAAGCGGGAUCAUAAGCUAUCGUGCUUGACGUAUGUUACAAUUGAAACGAGAUUACAUAUGUAAUCAGAAAUAAUUAUACCAUAGAUUAUUAUACUCCUAUUGACCUAAAUUGUGUCAGUAAUUUCAGACAUUUCAACAACUAAUUCCAAAUCGUACCUGCAUUUUUAUGUAACAGCAAGUUGUUCGAACAGAGGGACAGAUCUCUUGUCUGGGAUCGACGUAUGACUUCUUCGAUUCUUUGUCUUUAUCUUUUUUAUCACCGUCCUCCAAGUGAUCCUGCGAGCGUUCUUGAUCAAUCCUUUUCUGUUUAUGGGGGCAUGCCGACUGUUUUUUACUCGAAGUCCAACGAACUCCGGAAUGUACUAAUCGAACGAUCAAUUAUAUCGAUCGGUAAUUUAUAGGAAUCACAUCAUGAAAAGAGAGACGAAUUAAUUACCGUAGUCAAUGAGUCUGCCCAGAUAGCUUGUGCAUUUUUCAUUGGUCAUAAUUCGCUUGCUAUUUUAAGGUGAAGUUUCGAUGUUAACCAAAAUUUGGAGCGACUCCAUGGUUUAUACGGUUGCCCGUAUGAAUCGGUCCGAUGUUCAACCGUUCUUUUUUCAUCAACGAAAUAUAUUGAACGGAAAUAAUUCGGUGUCCCCACCCGGAGGACGUCUCGAAAUAAUUAAGACAGAUAGAUAGGUAAUAUAUUUAUUUCACAUUUAAGAAGUUACAGAAUACAAAAAUUUCAUAUCUGUACAAUAUCACUUAAGACUAAUCGUAAGUAACGUACACAAAGCGAAAUAAAAUACUUGCUGCUGAAUAUCACAAAGAAUAUCCUGAGCGAUGUAAUUUAGCCAAUUCAAAUCACUAUGCUAUAGUUUUCCUAUUCCUCGACGGACAGCACUGCGGUCGAAAUUCCUCGAACCUUUACAACACUGAAUGAAAUGUGAAACUCUCAUCGUGAGUGAUUCCUUUCGAAAUGAGCAGAAGAAAUCAUUGAUCAAACACGAGCUUCGGAAUGAGAAACAAAAAAUUAAAUUAAUACAUUCGUGAUUGGAAAUUGCGAUUCGUAAAUUUUGUAACCUUAAAUUCUGUUAUCGUAAAUAACAAGCAUGGAUGCGUACACGAUUCUAUUAGAUAAUGAAACAGAAAUGUGUUGCACGUUGCUUUUAUUCAAAGACGUGGAGAAUUCGGAUGAAAUUCGAAGGAAGGUAAUGAACGGGGAGCUUACUUGCUCUGUUGUAAAAGCAGCCCUCGUUGCAGAUCCUUUGCAAGCAAUAGUGGCUGCCAAUAAAGCUGCAGUCAACGCAAAGGUGAAUCAACUUACUACGAAGAGUAUUUACACUGAAGUGUUAUUUAAUUUAUCGAUUUCCAAGAAUAUAUCACGUGCCUUAAAAGAAUUUGGUAUUAACGACAAUGAUAAGAAUAUAUUGAUAGUACUGAUACACGAAAAGAAUGAAAAGCUAAUGGAAAAGAUGAUUGUGGACAGCAUAAAAGGAGAAAGAGUGUCGAUAUCGAAAUUGUCCGAGUUUACAGAUUACGAAUUAAUAAAGAAAGUGUACAAAAUCGAGAAGGACGAACUGAACGUUUCAAGCUUAACCAAUUCGGUUGUUUCUAGGAUCAGUUGUAAAGACUUUAUAUCAGUGAAAUGAAAGCGACACUUGGCAAUUUUUUGAUUACUGUAAGAAGACGUGAGAAUUUCAAAUAAAUAUUACUUCACAUAGUA